AUGGAAGAUCGUGUUCUGAUGGCCUGCAGAGGACACACAUGGAAAGCGAGGGACAAACCCUGUCCUCAGGAGCUCAGGAUUGUCCUCCUGGGCCACGACUGGCUGGAGAAGAGUUCGACGGGAAACACCAUCCUCGGCCGACAGAUGUUUGACAUCAGCAGAGACGUGAAGAUGUGCGUCAAGAGACAAGGUGUUCUCGACGGCGGCCGUAAAGUCGUCGUGGUCAGCACCCCCGAGAGGUGGAUCCACUACUCCGUCCAAGACCCCAGCCUGGUGAAUGCCAACAUGGCAGCCUGCAUGGCCAUGUGCCCGCCUGGGCCUCACGCCUUCCUCAUGGUCAUCCCCGUCAGCUCCCAAAGAGGCAGGGAGUGGACGGUAGAGGGACCUGUGGAGCUGCUGAAUGACGCCCUGUGGACAAACACAAUAGUAAUAUUCACCAGGCGUGAGCGGCUCAGAGGGGCGUCUGUGGAGAGCUACGCUGCAAAACAUGGGUUUCUGAAGGCCGUGCUGGAGAGGUGUGCACAUAGAUACCAGCUUUUAGACACGAGCACUUGGGGAAAAGACGACGACGCUCAGGUUGCAGAACUUUUGGAGAAGAUCGACGCCAUGGUUGAAGGAAACGUAAAGUCAAGAGGAGUUAGCUACGUGACCUCGACAGAAGUCUCAAGGAUAAGUGAGAAGGAAAGGAAGGAGGUAGAGGAGGAGGCGACUUUGAGGCGAAUGAAUGCACAGAUGGCCAGAAGCACACUCGGUUCUCUGAAGGGAGAGUCUCCCUCGGUUCCGGUGCUUCGAGUUCUCGUCGUUGGACCGAGGCAGGUCGGAAAGAGCUCAGCCGGAAACACGAUUCUUGGUGAUGAAGUCUUUCCUGCUGGACAUCCAACCAGACAGUGCGCUGAGAGACGGGGCGGCGCUGACGGAAAGCAAGUCGCUGUAGUCGACACUCCCGGCUGGUUCGGGCGGUACUGCUCUGAGGACACGCCGCAGGCUCUACAGCAGCAGAUUACCCACAGUGCAUCCCUGUGCGCUCCUGUUCCUCACGCCGUCCUGGUGGUCGUACGCUGCGACGAGACCUUCACUGAGACCGACAGGAUCACAGCGGAGGAGCACCUGAGCUUGCUUGGACUUUGGGUGUGGACUCGAGCCAUCGUGUUGUUCACCUGGGGGGACCGUCUGGGGACCACCCCCAUCGAGGAGCACGUCCAGCGGUGGCCUGCUCUUCAGUGGCUCCUGGACAAAUGUGGAAACCGGUAUCAUGUUUUUGAUAACUCCAACAGGGUCAGAGACAUCCAGGUUAGAGAACUUCUGGAGAAGAUUGAGGAGACGGUGGUGGGGAAUGAUACCGGACACUUGCUGAGGAGUUUUAUGGAUCUCCAGCAAAGCAAUAAAAAGCUGGAGAAAAGCUCCAAGAAGACUGUGAGGCUGCUCAAGAAAGCAAAGGAGGAGAAUGAUCUCCUGAGACAAACAGUCAAGGAGAAGGAAAGAACAGUAGAAGACAUGAUGAAGACAACCAAAGAGAAAGAGGAAGCUCUGAAGUUGGCAACAGAGACCGAGAGGAGGAGAGAAAUAAAGCAAAAGACAGAUUGUGAAGAAGAGAUUAGCAUGAGAUUAGCAGAGGCCGAGGAGGAGAAGAACCAGCUCAGACAGGUCAUUAUGGAGAAAGACAGACUGAUAACCAGCCUGAGUGACACAUGUGCUGCCAAAGAUGGCGUCAUAAAAGCUACGACGCUAAAAAGUGAGCAGGACCAGGAGAUGCUGGAGGAACAAGUCAAGGAACAAGAGCGGGAGAAUGCAACCUUAAAGAGAAAGUGUGAGGAGAAAGACGAAGAACUGGAGCGAAUGACGGCGGCUCACAAACGAGAAGCAAAAGAGCUCAAAGAGAAAACCGAGCAGCUGAGCAGAGAAAACGAAGACACCAAGAAGAUCCUGAAGGCCACGAUCGAAGGGAUGCAGAGACACUAUCAGAGAACAGAAACGAAUGAGGCGAACGUUUAUAAAGGUGACCACAGCAGGAAGACAACGACGGACCUCAAGUCGCUGGAGGAGCUCAGCAGACAACAGAAAUGGGCCAGAACAAUACCGCCGAGUCACCAUCGAGACGCCACCAAACCCAUUCCAGAGACAGAACAGAAAAGCCUCGUGUUGGAUGAAGGCGUCACGCUUCAUGAGAAGAGAGACGCUGCAGGGCGGCUUGAGGCCGACUGGACUUCACCGUGGCUGAGGGCUGGAGGUGCAGCGCUGGGAGCUGCAGUCGGGGUCGUGGCCGCCUCCUUCAGGGCGACCGCGGGGAUGAACGGCAGGUCGGCCGGUGGAGCUGCAGCUGGAGCUCUGCUGGGCUGCUUCCUGGUCCAAGCAGCCAGAUCCCAGCAGAGGAACAGUCAAGAGACCUGGGAUGAAUGUCGUGGAGAUAAAGUUCCUGAUUGCUAG